GCCUGAUCUUCGCCGGGAAGGAGCUGGGAGACGGGAGGAAUCCAACUCUGCCGCCGCGCCUCGGUCCCAGUCCUAUUCACUCGCCAUAACCACAAAUCCCCCGAAGACUACGGCAUGCUUGAGGAGUGGUGGGACGGGGAUCUGAUCAUCGAUGGCACGUCGGAAUCCGAGCUAAUUCCCCCAAUUGCGGAGCUGGCAGCAGAGGAAGGCGGCGGCGAGGUCACCAUCGAGAAGAGCUGAUUGAGAAAAAUAUGGAAAGGAAAUCUGGCUGGAGAUUACGGAAGUGAGAGAAAGAGAG